AUGCAUGAUCCGUCGAGCCAACAAUUGGACAUGGAGGGCUUGUCUGAUACAGACAGCCAAUCUGCCCAACUCCUCCCUGGACCUUAUGAGAAGACAAACUUUGACCGUCAAUAUGAAAGGCAGAGUUUCUGGAAUCGCGUUCGUGGGGGAUUUGUUCGCUGGAGAUGGCUCAUCUUAUCCGGUACUCAGUCUGUAGUGAUAGUCUUGCUAUUAGGCUCUCUUUUAGCUACCAACAAAGUCCCCAAGAUGGUUCCUGGCGGAGAGUUGGAUGGCCUUGUCCCCGAAUAUCCGUACGAGGCAAAAGUGUUUCUUGAUCAUAUCUCAGACUAUACGGUCAAUUUUACAUCUGAAGCUGCAUCGCUUGAAAUACGUGAGAAAUGGAGAAACCUUCUUCCGAAGGGAAGUGGUUGGAUACAUGUCGAGAAACCCGAGGAGCAUCCAUAUUUACUUCAUUCCUUCACUACAAGCUCUGCCAAGGAUGUAUAUCUGCUUUCUUGGGUACACCAGUUACAUUGCUUGUAUACCGUAAUGGACAACUUUGACGCCCUUGUGCAAUUUGGACCAGAUGGAACAGAACGGGAACCUGAAACAGGACACGGCUCUAUACAUAUAAACCAUUGUUUUGAAUACCUCAGGCAGAUAAUACUCUGCAAUAUGGACUCGACAUUGGAAGGGGCCACCGUGGACAAUGCACAUGGAACAAGCGGUUGUUGUAAUGCUCAUAGAGUUCAUGGAAUCGCUUCUUCAGCCAUGAUUGAAGCUAUGAGUUAUCAUCUAUUGACGCCGUCUGAUAAAUAUCUCGACGGAGAUAGCAGUAGCACUACUUCCUCCCAGAUGCAAGAUAUCUCUGGGCUGUUAGCAGCUCGAAGGUCUCUGCAACGAUGGAAGAUUGCUUCACUAGCAUCUACAACCCUACUAUUCGGUGUUUGUUUUCUUUUUCUAAGCUCAGUUCGUGAAGGCUUACCGGUUGCAACUAUUCGUCCCUUACAAUCUCCGGCAGAUGAGGCCCCAGAGAUACUUGAGUGGCAGCCACAAGUAUUUAAAAGCAAUUUUCAUGAAGACCGUACACCAUGGCAGGGUCCUCCAAGCGACACUGUUGACAAGGCCUGGGAUGAUCUUUACCAGAAUAUUGGAAUUGUGACUGUCAACAAGUCAUUGGCUGCGAAGCUGCCGGACGAGACCAUAGAGGUCCCAGGGUUAGAUGGACAGUAUGUCCUUGGCCUUGGAGUCUUUCAUCAACUACAUUGUCUGAAUAUGAUGCGCAAAAGUAUGUACCCAGAAAGAUAUGGCGGCACAGAAGGAAUGUCUAUGGAGAAUGCAGAAAUGAUAUGGAAUCACCUGGAGCACUGUGUUGACCAACUUCGUCAAGUCAUCAUGUGUUAUGGUGACCUCAGCACCGUUUCAUGGGAAUGGGACGAGGAAGGAGAUGUUCCGGUCUCCAAAUUCGGAGCCACCAGGAUGUGCCGGAACUUUGACAACAUCCAUAAGUGGGCAACAAAUCGUGCUUUCCCCGGUGAGGAAUUUAACAAAUAUUUACGUAUGACUGGACACAACACAAUAGGGAAUUAG